AUGGCAGAAAUCCCAGCGACGCAGACCGUCCUCAUCCUCCACGCGGCAAAGCAGCCGUACGAAACGGAGGAGGGGUACCGGGUUCCUGAGAUCCAAAAUGAGCAAGAGGUGCUGGUGAAGACGGAACACAUCGGCCUCAACCCGAUCGACUGGAAAGCACCCGACUUCAACUUUGCAAUCCCAACCCUCCCCUACAUCUCAGGCCGCGAGCUCGUAGGCCGCGUCGUCCGCCGCCCGCAGCCAUCAUCAACAGCAGCAACAACAACCUCCGAAACGCAAAGCCAAAGCCGCCUUCGCGAAGGUGACCAGGUCCUCGUCAUCUCCACAGACUACCGCGACCUCCGCAAGGCAGCUUACCAGGAGUACGUCGUCACCUCAGACUUCAACGCGGCCCGCAUCCCGCCCAACGUCUCCCCGCGCGCCGGCGCGACCCUCGGCGUCGCCUUUGUCGCUGCGGCGCUCUCCCUGGCCGUCUGCAUGGGCGUGGACUUUUCCCACGUUCUCGACGGACCGGAUUUGCUGACGAUCUUGCGCUCUGUUCCGCCGGAGAGUCUGCCGCAGGAUAUUAGGGCAGAGUGUCUCUCGGGCAUCGGAAACCAUGAGAGGGCUACGGCGGGUGACUGGGUCGUCAUCUGGGGCGGGUCGUCGACUUCUGCGAACUUGGCUGUGCAGCUCGCCCGGCUUGCGGGGUUGAAGGUCGUCACUGUGGUAGAUAAGCUGCGUCACGGCCUCCGAUUGUCAAACCAUACCGUUCUCCGCCCCGAUUUACUCGUCGACAGCCACGACCCUGCGCGCGCCAUCGAUAUCAUCCGCGCUAACGUCGGAAAAGACCUGCGCUUCGCGCUGGAUACUAGCGGCCGAGAGUCUGCCUGCUGGUUGCUCCGCGCCUUGACGCCGUCGCAGGAUGCAAAUGCGCCGCCUAGCCCGCCGGAUACGCCUCGCAACUCGGCGCCGACUGUCAAGCACCUCAUCGGGCUAACUGGUCUGCCCAAGGAACAGGCACCUGAGGCAGUCGCCUACCACACCGUCCCUAUCAAGGUCUUCCACGAGGUCCCCGCCGUGGGGGAAGCCCUCGUAACCUGGCUCGAGCGCUUGCUCGAGAGCGGCCUCGUCAGUCCGCCCGAGGUCCUCGGCGUAGAAGAAGGAUUCGAGGGCAUCAACCGCGGCCUUGACCGCAUGAGGAAGGGCGAGAUCCGCGGCGGAAGAAUGGUCGUCAGUCUCGCGCCCGAGGGAGCCGGGGCUGCGGAACAAGACGUCAUCAGGGAGGCGAGCGUGCCACUCGCACUGGUCGAUUCGCCCAUGGCGGACGGCGUUGCGGAAGAAGGGCCCCAGCCUUCGGAGACGUCUCAGGCGUCCAGCCCCGAGUUCACUGCCCAGAAGCUUGCCGACACUGGUCUACGUAGGGGAAGCGCGACAUUGUGGCAGGCCGGCGAUGCUGUCCCUAGAAGCUUUCCUGGCAAGCAGAUUAAUGACAGUUCGAAUGCAGCGCCGAGGAGAAACUCUCUGUGGCAGCCCAAGUCAGCGGAAAUUGCGGUCGAAAAUGUCCUCUCAUGA